UUCAGUAGUCUGCGCGUCUGGCUCACUGCCAGAUCAAACCAUUGUAAACUAAAACGUUACUUAUUCGGUCUGAGUGGUGCUGAUAAGCUUGAAUCUAAGUCGUAUUAUAUUUAUUUGUGAAUAACCAACAAAUUGAUUUAGUAUCGUAUAAUAUGAGUGUUAGUACCACCUUAAGGGUAGUCAUUUUCGCCUUGAUAAUAACCAUCACCUUGGCUAGCCCAACUACCACCCCAAAUGAUGCUACCUCAAAUGUUAAUUUCUCCAAGUCUUUGGAAAACUUUGGCGCCAAACUUUACUCAAAACUUGCAAAGACAGGUACUGAUAAAAACAUCAUAUUUUCUCCCUUCUCAAUUGAGACCUGUCUGGCUAUGGUUCGCAUGGGUGCUGAAGGUCCAACUGCGGCUGAAAUUGACACCAGCUUAAAUAUGAAAUUUAACAAUCAGCAGGAUUUAGCCAACAACUUUCACGAAGUCCUCUCAAAAUAUGAAAAUAGUAAUAUUCUGCAGAUGGCCAAUAAAAUGUACAUUAUGGAAGAUUUUGAGGUCCAAGAGACAUUCAAUAACUUGUUGGCGAACAAAUUUUUAACAUCGGCGGAAAACUUGAAUUUUACACAAAAUAUUAUGGCAGCCCGAACAAUGAACUCAUGGGUGGCACAGAGAACGAAUAAUUUAAUUAAGAACCUCAUCACGGCCAAGGACUUGAAUGAAAAGACCCGCAUGGUGCUGUUGAAUGCAAUUUAUUUCAAGGGUGAAUGGGCUCAAGCUUUUCCCGAACAUGCCACCAGGCCACAAAAGUUCUAUGUGGAUGAGGCGAAUAGCAUUAAUGUGGAUAUGAUGCAUCUGAAGGGAAGGUUUUACUUUGGAGACAUAUCCAAAUUGGAUGCCACGGUUUUGCAAAUGCCCUACAAGAACUCAGAUCAUUCGAUGAUUGUAAUUCUACCAAAUUCUCGUACUGGUUUGGGUGGUUUAAGGAGUAAAUUGAAAACGUUUUCUUUGAAAGAACUGAGAGAGGAAAUGUUUUCCACCACGGUAAUGGUGGAAAUGCCAAAAUUCAAAACUGAAUACGAAAUUGAAUUGAGUGACAUUUUAAAAAGGCUGGGCAUGGAACGUAUGUUCACCAAGGAGGCAGAAUUUGGAAAAAUACUGAAAUCACACGAAAACUUUGAAGUGUCAAAAAUCAUCCACAAGGCAUUUAUUGAAGUCAAUGAAAAGGGUACCGAAGCUGCAGCCGCAACAGGCGUAAUCGGUCUUGGUAUGAUGCGUGCAGCAGCUCCUGAAAUUAUUCAAAGAUUUAUUGUUGACCAUGGAUUUUUCUAUAUGAUUGUAAACUCGGACGGCAUAAUAUUCUUCCAAGGAUCACAAGCGAACUUUUAGGAAAAAAAAAAAAAAAAUAAAAAUAUGGAACAUUAAAAAAA